GCGUUAUCUAUCCACUUGCCGUCUGGCCGAAGACCCCGCAGGCCUGCAGAGACAGGCUAGAUGGCAAGGAUGUGUGAUGGCAAUUGAUGCAGCUUAUAAAUGCGUGGAUGCUCAUUGAUCAAAGAUGAGACGUAAAACAGACUGAUAUUCCUGAGUCAAAGAAGCUUCUUGCUUGUACCGCUGCAUUUCCCACUAAGUUAUUCAGAAUCACUACACUGUCUCAAGAUGUCUCAUACACCUCACAAGGAUGAUGUACCUACAUACACACUCUCUGAGGGUUGUCCCGUGGCUGACCCAACAACCGCUCAACGUGUCGGCAGCGGUCCCGUCAAGGGUCUGAUGCUUCUUCAGGACACUCAGCUCAUUGAAACCCUAGCUCACUUUAACCGUGAGCGUAUUCCCGAACGCACCGUACAUGCGUCUGCUGUGGGCGCUUGGGGAGAAUUUGAAGUCACUCACGAUAUCUCGCAUCUCACCUCUGCCAAGUUCCUCAAUAAUGUUGGUAAGAAAAGUAAGGUGCUUCUGCGAGUCUCGACUGUCGGGCCAGAGCGAGGAGCCUCGGAGCCUGUGAGAGAUGUUCGAGGCUGGGGCAUGAAGAUCUUCACUGAGGAAGGCAAUCAAGAUUUCGUUUUUAAUGAUAUCCCGGUCUUCUUUGUUCGAGAUCCGAUCAAAUUCCCUUCUCUCAACCGUUCUCACAAACGUAAUCCGGCUACUAACCUUCCUGAUGCUUCUAUGUUCUGGGAUUUCCAUAACAAUAACCAAGAAGGCAUCCAUGCCCUCAUGAUUCUCUUCAGCAAACGAGGUAUUCCCGCAUCGAUACGAACCAUCAACGCAUACAGCGGCCACACAUAUAAAUUCACAACUGAGGACGGCUUCGUCUACGUAAAGAUUCAUCUGAAACCCGACCAAGGAGUCAAGAGUCUUUCUCAAGACGAGGCAAACAGACUCGCGGGUGAAAACCCAUAUCACCAUACCGCUGACCUCCACGAUGCCAUUGCGCGCGGCGACUACCCUUCAUGGACCAUGUAUAUCCAGGUCAUGAAGCCAGAGCAGGCUGAGAACUACCGCUGGAACAUUUUCGACAUGACCAAAGUGUGGCCGCAUGGUGACUUCCCUCUGCAGCCCGUAGGCAAACUGCGGCUCAACCGAAAUCCCACGAAUUACUUUACAGAUAUCGAGCAGGCUGCAUUCUCACCUUCCACCAUAGUCCCUGGCAUUGCUCCGUCUGCUGAUCCUAUGCUACAAGCUCGCAUGUUUGCCUACCCGGACGCGGCCCGCUACCGGCUCGGUGUCAACUAUCAGCAACUUCCUUGCAACGCGCCCGUCAGCAAAGUCUACGCACCAUACCAGCGCGACGGGGCAUCGCGCCACGACGACAACUAUGGUGGCGACCCUAACUACGUCGGCGCCUCGCUCAAGCGGGUCAAUUUCUCUGGCAGCCGCGUAGGCGCCAAUGGCCAUGCGCCAUUUGGUGGAGGCAGUCAAGCCCAUGAGCAAUGGGUCGGACAAGUGACGGCCUACUCGUCCGAGGUGACGGACGAAGACUUUGUCCAGGCGCGCGAGAUGUGGAAAGUGCUCGGCCGUUGCGGGGAGCAGGAUGAGUUUGUGCACAACGUGGCCGGACAUCUCAGGGGCGCGCUACCGGAAGUGCAGCUUGCUACUAUCGAUAUGUUUAACAAGGUUGACUCAAAACUGGGCACGCGCAUCCACGAAGCGCUCGUCAAGGAGUCAUAGUGCUGUGCGCUUGUGAAUAUUCAUGAUGAGUGAAAAGCAGGAAUCAGUGAUAUGAGUAUUGUACUGAAAUGAAUAGUUAAAUUGUAAUGAAUAUCAAGAUGAUUCAAUU